CGCAGAAGUAGUUGUUGACAAAUUUCACAAACAUGGCUUCCUGUUCUGAUUCAGUCACUACUGACAGUCAAAAAACAAAUAGUUUAUCGAAUCGUUCAGACUCUCAACCAGAUGCUGAAGUAACAGACACAGAAAUAAAAGGGUAUUUAAUGAAAAGAGCAAGACUAUCUCGAAAAUGGAAAAAACAAUGGUUCUUGCUUAGAAAUUGUGACCUGUUUUAUAGUGAAUCUCCAGAGGUAAAAAAAAUCAUAAGUCGACAUCAUUGAUUAGACUAAUCAUUAUCGUUUUUAAAAUAUUGAACACUUUAUUAUCAUUUAACUAAUUAUAGUGUAUGCUAGUUACUUUAAAUAAAACGAAAUAUGAAGUAGCCACUUUGGCUAAUUCAGAUUGAUCAGCCUGUGACGUCAUUUGGAUGUUUAUUAAAGUUGCCAUGAAUUAGGGUUCAGGCUCAGGUUAGGUUUAGGUGGGAAACAUUUAGGAUUCAGGUUAGGUUUAGGUAGAUACUUUGGUCAAAAAUGUAAACAUUUUUUAAAAAUAAACCAAUGGCACAGUUGAACAGAAUUAUAACACCAAAAUCAUAUUUUUAGCUGUUGUAGUUUUAAAGUUAUGAAUUUUUAAAGUAGGACUUGGUUUGUCAUUUUUUAACAUGGACUGCAUCUCCACAUUCUGUGACCUCAUUCCACUGAUCGCGUCAUGCGCAAUGACUAUAUAGUUUAUAUAAGGCAACGCAUUCCCUAUCGCUAAAAUACUGUUUAGGGUCGACUUAUUUUAAACUUUCAACUUUGGCACAUGAAUAAUUAAUAAAAGCUUUCCCUGACCAAUGGUUUAAAAGCUUUUGCACACGGCAAACUCUUAUGAAUGAAACUCUGAGAUAGUACUACGACGUAGCCGUUAUGCAAGUGGCUGUGAAUGGUUGCCAAUGACAACGUGUUGCACAGGGAAAAUUCUGAUCAUUUAUAUUAUGGACUCUGCAGGGUUUUUAAAGCUCAAAUUAAAACAUUUCCAGUUUAAAUGUCUUCAAAAUGCAUUCUGAAACACAAAAUAUAAAAUAUUUUGAUGUAUAUAGUGGUAAUAAUUAAAUAUUUCCUAAGUAUCGGCAACUUCCGCCAUUAAAAAGGGGGCGUGGCCCACGCCAUGUCGAAAUUAGGCUGAGCCACCUUAUGGUGAUAUGGGUCACUGUGACAAGCGUAACAAACGUGAGACACGACCUACAUCAAUGAAACUUGGCACAGAUAUAGAUCAAUACCUAAUGCUCAUACAGAUUUAAUCAAAAAGGACCUUAUCUUAUUAUUUCACAAAAAAUUUUGUAUGCGAAGAUGCCUUAUAUAUACCAAAGAUUUUCAAAAUAAAGGUCGAUUGAAAAAAGCAAAAUAGCUGGCUAGAAAUGUAGGCCAAGAUGUCUUCCAAAUUAUAAGGCCGGAAACGGAACUCAAAUAUAUGUGGAAAGAACUAAUUUAAUAAUAAAUAGACACACACAUCGGAAAAUUAAAAACUCGGAUUUUUCGGCGCCGACGCCCAUUUCCGAUAAAAAAAAAAUAGUAGUCUCCCUUGUUUCAUCGAAGUAUCUAGGUUUAGGGAUACAUUUUACGUUUAAGGUUAGGUUUAGGGAUACAUUUAGGGUUACAUUUAGGACAUAAGUUCAUGGGUCGCGAUAACCAAGAUGGCGGCCACGGGCUGAUCUCUCCGAAUUCACCCUUACCCCUUAGGCCAGGUAAAGCAAAGAUCAAAGAGACUACUUCAAAAUUUGAAUGGGAAAUGGUAGUCGGUGCAGAAGAAUCCGAGUUUUUAAUUUUUGGACAUCAGUGGUUUUUCAUUUAAAAAAGGAUUUUUGGCACAUGACUAAAGCUUUCCCUGAUCUGGUUUAAUAGUUUUUGCACACAGCAAACUUUUAUGAAUGAAAACUCUGAGAUAGUAGUACGGUAUAGCCAUUAUGCAAGUCACUGAAUGGCUGCCAUGACAUUUGGCACACUGCAAAUUAUGGUCAUUUAUAAUAUGGACUCUGCCUGGUUUUUUAACCUCAAAUUAAAAUAUUAUUCUUUCAAUAAAAUUUAAGUUCAUUCUUAAACUUAAGUUAUCAAAUAUUUUGAUGUAAAUAAUAAAAUAUUUCCUAAGUAACCGCGUCUUCUGACAAUAAAAGGGGGCGUGGCCACUUCCUUAUCGAAAUUUGGCUGAGCUACAUUACCAUAUAGCGGUUUACUCAAAUGAGCAUAACAAGUGGCCGACAUGUCCUAAUUCAAUGAGAAUUGACACAAAUAUGCAUUGAUAGAUAAUACAGAGUAAGACUUAAGAUGAAAGACAUAAAAGUUGAACUUCUAUAAUAUGAAAGACAUAAAAGUUGAACUUCUAUAUGAUUUUUUAGUAAAAGAUGCCUUAUAUUAAAGGGUAAUUUCAAAAUACAGAUCGAUUGAAAAAUCCACAACAAAUCAAUGAAAAUUUAGGUCAAGAUGUCUACCAAAAUGUAAGGCCAGAAAUGGAACUCAAAUAUAUGUCGAAAAUACUCAUUUAAUAAUAAAUAGACACACACAUCGGAAAAUUAAAAACUCAGAUUUUUAGGUGCUGAUUCCCAUUUCUGAUACACAAAAAGUAGAAGAUUCAUCGAAGUACCUAUGUAAAUAAGGCAUCUUUCCCUCUAAAUAUUUUGUUGAAGUUUAAAAGAAAGGUUUUUCAUAUUAAAUCUUGAUAGGCAUUAUUAUAUUGAUGCAUACGUAUGCACAUAAAUUCUCAUUGAUGUAGUUCAUGUCCGAUGUUCGUUAUGCUUGUCCCAGUAACCUUCAUUAUCAUUAGGUGGCUCAGCCCAGUUUUGACCAUGGUGUGGUCCACGACCCUUUUUUAAUGGCGGAAGAUGCUGAUACUGGAAAUAUUCAAUUAUUACCCCCAUUUACAUCAAAAUAUUUUAUAACUUGUGUUUUAGAAUGAACUUAUAAGUAAUUUAAACAAGAAUAUUUUAAUUUGAGGUUUAAAAAUCCAGUAAAGUCCAUAUUUUAAAUGAUCAUAAUUUGCUGUAUGCAAAACAUUGUCAUGGGCAACCAUUCACAGUCCUUGCAUGUCUUAUAAUACUUAAGUAUAAUCUCAUAGUUUCAUUCAUAAGAGCAUGAAUUUGCAGUGUGCAAACACUAUUUAAUCAUUUGUUAUAGAAAGCUUUAAUUAAUUAAUUUUGUCAUGUACAAAAGUUGAAGGUUCAAAAUAAGAAGUCCCACACCAGUAUUAUUAUUUUUAGGGGAGGCCUUGCCUUACAUAUACUAAUUAUAUAAUAGAUAGGGGUGUGCCGGAAUCCGGUUCCGCCGGAUUUUGCACUAUCCGGUGAAAUCCAGUUCCGCCGGAUUUACAUGUAUCCGGAACAACCGGAAUCCGGAAUAUACCGGAUUUCGGAAUUUGCCAGAUUUUGUGACUCACCGGAUCAUAAUCUGAAAUAAAAGUAAUUCUCUUUCCCGAAUUCCACACGAUCACGAUACAUUAAUCGAUUGUUUCGAGCGUUGAGCUUGUUUAAUGUUUAAUAUUCCGUACAUACCAGAGGCUAGAGUCAGCACCGCUAAUAGUGGCCAAUAGUGUAGGGACUUUGAUAAGAAAAUUUAAACUUUUUGUAAAAAUAAACCAAUGGCAUAGUUGAAAAGAUGUAAUUUUUUAAAGAAUUAUAACACCAAAAUCAUAUUUUUAGCUGUUGUAGUUUUAAAGUUAUGAAUUUUUAAAGUACGACUUGGUUUGUCAUUUUUUAACAUGGACUGCAUCUCCACAUUCUGUGAUCUCAUUCCGCCAAUCCCGUCAUGCGCAAUGACUAUAUAGUUUAUAUAAGGCAACGCAUUCCCUGCCUUAUCACUAAAAUACUGUUUAGACUUAGUUUAAACUUUCAACUUUGGCACAUGAAUAAUUAAUUAAAGCUUUCCCUGACCAAUGGUUUAAUAGUUUUUGCACACGGCAAACUCUUAUGAAUGAAACUCUGAGGUAGUACUACGAUACAGUUAUGCAAGUGGCUGUGAAUGGUUGCCAAUGACAACGUGUUGCACACGGUAAAUUCUGAUCAUUUAUAAUAUGGAUUCUACCGGGUUGUUAAAGCUCAAAUUAAAACAUUCCAGUUUAAAUGUCUUUAAAAUGCAUUCUGAAACACAAGUUAUCAAUUAUUUUGAUGUAAAUAGUGAUAAUAAAUUAAUAUUUCCUAAGUAUCGGCAACUUCCGCCAUUAAAAGGGGGGCGUGGCCAACCCCAUGGCGAACGCGUAGAAACAUGGCGUCUCUCGUAAGACACUUAUCCAAAUGGAACGGAACUCUAAUAUAUAUCGAAAGUACUAAUUUAAUAAUAAAUAGACACACACAUCGGAAAAUUAAAAACUCGGAUUUUUUGGCGCCGUUUGCCAAUUCCCAUACACAAAAAGUAGUAGUCUACCUUGACUUACCGAAGUAUCUACCAAUAGUACCGGAAUCCGGGAGAAACCGGAAUCCGGAUUAUUCCGGAUCCGAAUCUCGAUCCGGUGGAUUUCGCAUAAGAAAAUCCGGAUCCGGUUGGAAAAAACGGAUCCGGCACACCCCUAAUAAUAGAUGCUAAACUUAGUAAACAGAAUAUCCAAAAUGUAUUUAAUGUAAUAACACAUAUUACAUAGCAAGAUAAGUUAUAAUUUAUUUAUAAUUUCAUACUUAAUACUGUUAUUAAAAUUUAAUUUUAAAAUUAGAACUUUUAAUACCCAGCAUUGAUGAUUAAUCCUGAAAAUAAAGUUUGAAUAAAAUUAUCAUUUACACAAGAGUUUUAUCGCAUCACAUGAUUAGCAGAAUGAGGUCAAAAAUGUGGAGGUGCAGUCCAUAGUAAAAAAAAAUACCAAACAAACCUCCACAUUAAAAAUUCAUAGCUUAAAAAGUACUUAAACCAGAAAGCUGAUUCUGGUUUAAUUUAUUUUAUUUUGAAGUUUGCUCUGUAUAAUGAUAUUUUGUAUAUUUUUGUAACGAAGUAUCAAUACAAUGUAGCUCAAAGAAAAUUAUGAUUUUGAGGGUUGGGGGAAUUAUUUAAGGAUAGCUCUGUUGAUUGAGAAAUUUAAUUAAAUAUAAAAGUGACUAAAAUAAGAACUAGGCAGAAUCUUUUUGAGAGAGCUGCCACUCCUUGGUCAUAUGCUUUUUCAGUACAUUGACACAAUGUGUGACACACUCCCUGUGUUUUUGCACUACUUUUUACCCACAGCCGCCAUCUUUAUUGUCAUAAUGGCAAGGUGGUGGCUGUAUACAAAAAAAAAAUUUGGCUAGAUGGGAGAGAAUGUGUUGUUUGAACUACCUACUGAGAGCAAUGAAAAUUAGGGGGAAAAAACAAUAAAAUUUAAUGAUGUUAUUUAUUAUUUUUGGAGAAAUACCUGCAAUUCUAAAAUCUAUAAAUCUACCUAACCUGAAUGGUAUUUCAAUAUCCCUCACUCAAGCAUAAAUUCCCCCUUUACUUGAGCGUAAAGUUACCCCUAAAUUUAGUCCCUGUAACUUGAGCGUAAAUCUUCAAACCUAAAAUCUAUGACCUAACAUGAACCCUUUGACCAUGUGACAUGUUCGUUUGCUACAGUUAUACACUGUACUAAACUGAGUAAAUCGUAAAUUUGAAUAAAAUAUUUGAACACAAAUUUUUUUUUUAUUAUGGAAAAUAAUAAAAAUCCAAUUUACAGUUUCAUCAAAUACACUUUUACACACUUUAUUGCAUGCUCAAAAAAGGAUGCCAGAAAAAUAAAAAUUCUUUUCCAAAAUGCCUUCAAAUUAGCCUAAUUUUGAAAUAUUUUAAUUAACCACCCGAUGAAAUAAUAAUUUUAGGAAGCCAUCAAUCAAAAACAUUACAUUUGCGUAUUAUCCUACACAGAAUCCUACACGAAACUCAGAGGGGCGUGGAUUGUGUGUAUAGACAGCUUUUUCAUAUUUUCGAGCUUUAAUAAACAAUGGUGUCGAGGGGCCAAAUGUAGUCUUCAUGCCAUGUGGUGACUGUCAAGUUUCAAAAUUGGUGGGAUAGAGUGGGGGAAAAUUUAGAUUCUUGUAGAUAAUUGGAUGCUUAAAACAGUGGUUACCAUGAAAAUUGUGACUUGUAGAUAAUGUACGAGAAAUUAAAUAGUAGACAUGCCUUAAUUCAACUUGAUAUAUUUUCCACAAAAAAUUAUUGAUCAAAAAGUUGUAAAAUACAGUAUUGUUCAGCAUCCAAAUCUCUUUAAAAUUGAUAUAUCACACGACCUUACUUACACAAUUAAAGCUUUAAUAACCAACUCCUGUAAAUUAGAUUUAUUUUUAACGCCAUUAUAUUUACAACCUGAUUAUGAUAAAGAUGUGAAAAUUGGUAUAUUUAUUCUUCUUUAAAAUAACAAAUAUGUUUUACCAUUUUCUAAAUAUACAAUGGAAAUAUACAAUGGCAGUGGGGUGGUAUUUGUUUUAAAAAAAUUAAUAAAUGAAGUAUAAAGCAUGAUUUUUCCUCCUAAUUUUUUAAAAAUUUAUUUAAUUUUUUUCCCUCAGGGAUCAUUAAAAAAGAUUCCGCUAACAGAUGCUGAUAUUUCUGAAACUCGGGUAGACAAGAAGCAGUAUGCCUUUCAAAUUAGAAGCAAACAAAAUGGACGAACAUAUUACAUUCAUGCGGAAAAUGAACUAACCCAGAACAGUUGGAUGCAGGCUAUUUGCUUUGCAAAGGCUGCUGGGAAUCAUGGCAGUGCAUCACAAGCCUGUGUUGUGCAGUGAUGAUAGCUGUUUCUUCCUUGCAUAUUUUCUAAAUUAGACUGUGAUAUUAAAUACAUGCACAAGUUUGACUUUACUUCUUUAACAGAAUCAUAAUCAUUUUAACAUUUAGCAUAAACUUAUAUAAAUUAUAAUAAAACUGUAGACCAUGGAGAUGAAAAAUGCUGGGAAUUUUUUUUUAUUAUUGUCAAUCAUUCGUUGUCUCCUCCAAAUGUUAAUAGUAAAUAUGUAAUAAAUAUAUAGGAAUAUUUUUCUCUUCAGUCUUUCUCAUCUUUUAAAAAAAAAUCAAAUUAUUUACUGGUAUUUAAAUUAUGAGGCUGUUUCCAGUGUAGACUUUCCUUAUUAUCCCACAUAAGAUUUUUUUAAAAUGUUUUUUUUUUAAAUUGUUGAUAAGAUUUGUUGUGUUAUUAUUUUUAAUAAGCUUAUUAUUUGUUCAGUAGGAAAGCAGGCCAUUAGGUUCAACUGACCAGUAUUUGGGUAUAUCACUUAAUCUCGCCAUUAACUUAAUGCUUUGAUUAAAAGAUAGUAGAAAAAUUAUAAAGUUUAAAAAAAACAUCGCGUUAGUUUAACUUGCGUACAUUUAAAAGACUCUGAAAUUGCGUGCACUGAUUAAGCUCUGAUUCUUAUUUUUAAAUGUAUGGACAUUUCUUAAAUAAAAAUAUCAAGACUUUUUAAUUUAAAAUUUAUAGGAUCCUUUAAAAUUACUCCAGGAAAAAAUUAUAGUUUAUAGAAUCUCACCAGUGGGUUAAUAUAGGAGCCUAAAAACCUUUCCGAGUAUGUACAUUCCUAAUGCUUAUAUAUGUUUAUAUAAAUUUAAUUGAAAA